AUGGCCGGAUCCAUUCCGAUCCGGCUGCCAGAACUAAUUAGCAUCACCGCUUUGGCUCAAGCAUUGAAGGUGGAGCCAAACCGAUUCUUGUCCCAGCUUGGCGAAUUAGGCUUCGAAGGCGUGACGUUGGAUAGUCUCAUGGCAGGAGAAACGGCAGCACUGGUCGCACAGGAAUACGGCUUCGAGCCUACGGUAGAGGUCGAAAACCGUGAUCUUAAACCUCGCCCGCCUCCUGAAGAUCCAUCUAUACUUCCCCUACGGCCACCCGUCGUGACUAUCAUGGGCCACGUCGAUCACGGCAAGACAACCCUAUUAGAUUAUUUGCGCAAGUCUUCUAUUGCGGCCGGAGAACAUGGUGGUAUCACUCAGCGCAUCGGUGCCUUUUCUGUGAAGAUGUCUUCUGGCAAACCCAUCACCUUCCUAGAUACUCCUGGACACGCCGCCUUCCUCGCCAUGAGACAGCGAGGCGCACACGUGACGGAUAUCGUCGUUUUAGUCGUAGCCGCGGACGAUAGCGUGAUGCCACAGACAAUUGAAGCUAUUAAUCAUGCACGCACUGCGAAGGUGCCUAUGAUUGUGGCUAUUACCAAGAUCGACAAGGACAGCACUCAUAUAGACCAAGUCAAGCACGAUCUUGCAACUCAAAAAGUCGAUAUUGAGGACUUUGGUGGAGACGUCCAGGUCGUCUGCGUGAGCGGAAAGACUGGCCAGGGCAUGGAUGACUUGGAAGAAAAUAUUCUUGCCCUCUCUGAGAUGUUAGAUCAUCGAGCCGAGCUUGAUGGCCCUGCAGAGGGCUGGGUCUUGGAGAGUAGUCUUAAGCAGAUUGGCAAGGUUGCUACUGUUCUUGUGAAGAGAGGUACCUUGCGACCUGGUGACAUUAUCGCAGCGAAUCUCACAUGGGCAAAGAUUCGAAAUCUGCGUAAUGAAGCCGGCGACGAGAUUGACGAGGCACUUCCAGGAACGCCCGUCGAAAUCUUAGGGUGGAAAGAGCUUCCUGCUGCUGGUGACCAGAUUAUUCAAGCCGCCGACGAGGGUCGCGCCAAGGAUGCGGUAUCGUACCGUGAAGGUCUUCGCGAACGCGAGCAAGAUGCUGCAGCUCAAGAAGUCAUCUCCGAGUCCCGCAGGAUCCGGCAAGAGAAGCGUGACAUAGAGAAGGCAGCCGCCAAAGCAUCUUCCAAGUCAUCCAACAAAGCAGAUGCUGCUGCAGAGGCCGAGCCAUUGCCUGAAGAAGAGAACGGCACGAAGAUGAUUAAUUUCGUUGUUAAGGGUGACCUGCACGGAUCCGUAGAGGCCGUGUGUGCAUCGAUCUCUGAGAUAGGCAAUAACGAAGUCCUUCCGCGCAUUCUGCGCUCGGCCACAGGGCCCAUUACCGAGUCCGACGUCGAUCAUGCUGCUACAACAGGUUCGAUUAUUAUCAACUUUGCGACCACAACGCCUGGGUACGUCAAGCUCCAGGCAGAAGAGAAAAACGUGAGGAUUAUAGACCAUAACGUUAUUUACCAUUUGGUAGAUGAGGUCAAGGCCGAGCUGAGCAAGUACCUAUCGGCCACCGUCAGUUUCAAGGUUCUAGGUGAGGCGGAGGUAUUGCAAAUAUUCCCCAUCAAUUAUAAGGGGCGGAAAUAUAAGAAUGUGGCAGGGUGUAGGGUCAGGAACGGGCUUCUGAGCAAGGGCGACCUUUACCGGGUUUUCAGACAUGGCGAGAUGCUUUAUGAAGGCAAACUCGAGACGAUGAAGCAUCUCAAGAAAGAUGUCACAAAGGUGAACAAGGACACCGAGUGUGGUAUCGGAUUCGAGUCAUUCCAAGACUUCGAGGUCGGCGACCAGAUUAAAGCUUGCGAAGAGGUUCGGACGGAGAGGACUUUGUAG